AUGUCAAGAUUAGAACGAUUGGUAAUAUUACUAGAAACUGGGUCGACUUCAUUUAUUCGAAAUACUGCUGCGGAUCAACUAGCAGAUCUAGCCAAAUCGCACCCUGAGGAUAGACUAAAUCUACUUGCGCGUGUUUAUCCAUUUCUCAAAUCGUCCAAAUGGGAGACGAGAAUAGCCGCCGCCAGAGCAUUUGGUGGAAUAGUCGAUACGGCAGACGUCUGGGAUCCAAAUAGCAUUAAAGAGGGGAAUGGAAAUAGCAUCAAAACAGAAAAUGAAGUGGAAGUGGAAGUGGAAGAGGAAGAAGAGGAAGAAAAAAUUAAUAUCAAAAAAGAACCUGAUGGAAAAGUUAUUAUCAAAAAAGAAUACGAAGAAGGCAAUGCCUUGAAUUCUGUAAACCAUGUUUUAAACAACCACCAGACAGGAAUAAAAGAUGAGAAUGAUUCAAAUAUAAAAGUCAAGAUUGAACAAGAUGCAGAAUUGGAAAAAUUGGACAAUAGCUUUUCAAGCUUGCUUAACUUUGAUCAAUUUAGCCUCCAUGAAUUGAUAAAAAGUGGCACCAAACUUCUUGCUUCAAAAUGUGACGAAUCGUUAAACAAUGAUGAUAUUUGCGAUGACACUUUACUAGGCAGAAUAAAAAGACACAGGUCCAAUAUGUUUCCACCAGAAGAAAAGGAUGAGGAAAACCUGGCUUCCAAUACGCCAACUCCAUCUUCAGCACCAGCACCAGCACCAGCGCUAGCCAUAAACAACGAUAAUUAUUCCCAUGUACAAGUAAAGCAAGAGCCAACACGACCGCACUUGGAUUCUUUUGAUUCGCAAUCAGGUACGGUAACCCCAAUACAAUCCCCAAUCACAGAAACGCCACCAAAUACAACCAAUGCUAACACUGCUACCACUGCUACCACAGCAAGCACAGCAAGCACCAAACCUGUUUCCAGUGCAAGACUCAAAGCCAUGCAGAGAAGGAAAGCAAAAGUGAAUGCCAAAUCUGGGGCGCUACGAAAGAAUAUAGAUUUGACCCAAAGUUCGAUUUCAAGAAAUAUGAUUGAAAGCGGCGAUACCAUGGAUAUAGAUUCGAAUACUCCGCAAGACGAACAGGAUACGCAGGACGCCCAGUUUGACAUCACAUCACAACAAGGCGGCUCGAAAUUAGUGGUGGAAAGCAAGACCACUGAACUUUCGCCAAUUUUAACCUUGCAUGACAAAGUCUCUGGUUUGAUUUGGCCAUUCCAAGGUGUUUACGAGUUAUUAUUGGCAGAUUUAUUUGACGACAAUUGGGAAAUUAGACACGGAGCAGCACUCGGCUUGAGAGAGUUGGUAAGAAAGCAAGGAAAAGGUGCAGGUCGGGUCAUGAACAAGUCAAGACUAGAAAAUGAUUUCAACAAUAGGGCCACUUUGGAAGAUCUUGCCGUUAGACUAUGCAUUCUUUUUUGUCUUGAUAGAUUUGGAGAUUAUGUUUCUGAUACGGUUGUUGCACCAGUUAGAGAAUCAUCUGCGCAAACUCUUGCUGCUUUAUUGAUCCAUGUCGAUGACGAGACUGUUUGCAAGACAUUUAACUGUUUAUACGAAAUGACUUUGCAAGAAGAUCUAUUCCCCAAAUGCUGGGAAGCUAAACAUGGCGGUAUUUUGGGUGUGAGAUACCUUGUUAGUGUGAGGACGGAUAUACUUUUGCGUAUUCCGCAAAUCUUUGAUAAAGUAAUACAGAUGGUUUUGCGAGGAUUUCAAGAGAGCGAUGACGAUGUUCAAUCGGUAUCGGCAUUGACUUUGAUGCCCAUUGCAUCACAAUUUGUUGAAACUAGAAGAGAAUUUAUUAAAGAUUUGCUUUCAGUGAUUUGGGAUUGUUUAGUCAAUUUGCGGGAUGACUUGUCUGCCUCGAUUGGAUCUGUGAUGGAUCUUUUGGCUAAGCUUUGCAGUCAUCAAGUAGUAAUUCAAAUAAUUCAGGAGGAUGCUGCUCACGAUAAAACCAAGCUGUUUAAUCAAUUGGUACCUCGGCUUUACCCUUUUUUGAGGCAUUCAAUCACAAAUGUUCGAAAAGCAGUUUUGCGGACGAUUAUGGAAUUUUUGAAAAUUAAUAAUCGCGAGACAAAAAGCUGGAUCGAUGCUAAAACUUUCAGACUCUUGUAUCAAAAUAUACUUGUGGAACAAAACUCUGAUGUAUUGGAGCUAUCUGUCAAGGUUUUUGACCGCUUACUUGCAGAGGUGCGCAACAAUUCUACAAUAGCAAUGAACCAAGUAUUUGUUAAGCAAGCCGUUGAUCUUUUGACUUUGACCAUGACUCCUAUUGGCAUUGCUAGACACAACUAUAAGAUGAAUACGCACUUGAUCAUGCGAGCAUCAGGGCAAAUGUUUGGAACAUUUGAGGAAAGCGAUAGGCCUCGAGGCGCUAAGAGAACUAAGUCGCAGGCAGAUACGGCCGUGCCAGACAUUCCUACAGAUGACUUGAAUGUGAAUAUUGAUGCACCUGUAUUCAGAGGUGAUGUCACGCUUGUAGGCUUUGAAAAGAUCAUAAAGAUGAGAAUUUGUGCUGCUACUGCUUUUGGAAAAGCAUUAUCAUUGGUUAAUAUGGAAGACAACGGCGACAAUUUGCUGAAGAUUGUUGAAGCAAUUCAAGCUUAUUUCAACUCACCACAUGUUACGACCAAGCUUAUAGGUGCAUUCAUUGUAGAUGCAUACGCGUCUUCAUUUGGGGAGCAAUUACAAGAUGAGGAAAAUGAACAAAAGCAAAAGCAAAAGCAAAAUUGCAAACUUUUGCCUGCAACAAUUGCCGAACAUUUCUCGAAACCAUUGACUCGAGUACUAGAAGACCCAUCGUCUUUACAAAGCUUCAAAGAAUUGGUGCCAACACUCAAAGCGGUGCGCACAUCUUGCUUACAAUUGUUUGAUUGUUUUGUUAGUGUAGGUCGUCUUUCGCCAUCCAAAAUCCCUCAGAUUCCGGUCGUCGUUCAAGGAGAGGCCGAGGCAGGUGCAGGGGCCUUUUCUCUUGACAUUGCAGACAAAAUCCGCACUGAAAAUUUUGAAAAGUUAAAGAAAGGUCUUUCUGCUUCAUCGAGGCUUUCUGCUAACCAAGCACUUGAAGAUGCCAAGCACAGAGUAACUGUUGCGAUAGAAGAGUCUCGAUUGUUGAUUACUAAUAAACAAAAUGCGAUAUUGGCUGCUUAUGCAGGUGCACAAUUGAAAUUGGCUGGUCUCCCAAAGAAGUUAAACCCUAUCAUCAAAUCUUUAAUGGAAAGCAUAAAGACCGAGGAGUCGUACACCCUUCAAUCAAAAUCAGUUAGUUCACUUGCAUAUCUUGUCCUGCAGCUUAUUGCUAAUAACAAGCAAAAUGUUGCCGACAAGAUUCUCAAAAACUUGUGUGCAUUUGUAUGUGUUGACACUGCAGAAGUUCCCGAGUUUCAUCACAAUGUUGGCUACAAGGAUAAAAUAUUGUCUUUGCGCAAAGAAGAAGCCCUGACAGAUCCUGCAGAUGUCGCGGCUCACGAGCGUGCUACCUAUGCUGCAAGAAUCAAGCGUCAAGGAGCUUUGAUGACGCUAGAGGCGAUUUCGAAAAUAUACGCGUCAGAACUAUUUGUUAAGAUUCCAAAGAUUAAAGAUUUAAUGAUUGGUCCAUUAAGAAGCUUGCCAAGCUUCACUGAAGCGGAUCUGAAGGAAGAGUUUAAGGGUCAAAGUAUUAUCGAUGCAUUGGGAAUUUUGAGAGCGCUCUUGCCAAAACUCAAUCGUGCCCUUAUACCUGAGAUAUCUGAGAACUUGGAUCUUUUCCUUUCUGGAUUAAAAUCAGAGUACUCGGUGUUUCGUUAUGCUUCUGCCAAAUGUUUUGCUACAAUAUGUCUGAUGGUGCCAACCAAAGCGUUUACUUUUUUGGUUAAUCAUAUACUCCCCAUGCUCAAAAAUGCAGGAAAUGUUACCGAGAGGCAAGGUGCAGUUGAGACGAUUUACCAUAUUUCGGCAACAAUGGGUACUGAUAUCUUGCCUUAUGUCAUGUUUUUAAUUGUGCCAAUAUUGGGUAGAAUGAGCGAUUCUGACCAUGAUGUGCGUGUAUUGGCAACAACGACUUUUGCGUCAAUUAUUAAAUUGGUACCAUUAGAAGCGGGUAUUCCUGAUCCAGAAGAUAUGCCCAAGGAGUUAUUAGAGGGCAGGGAGAGAGAGCGAGAUUUUAUUCUGCAAAUGAUGGACCCUACAAAGAUUAAACCAUUUGAUUUGCCCGUUGCUAUCAAAGCAACGCUUCGUAAAUACCAACAGGAAGGUGUUAAUUGGUUAGCAUUUUUGAACAAAUACCAUUUGCAUGGUAUUCUUUGUGACGAUAUGGGGUUGGGUAAGACUUUACAGACAAUCUGUAUGAUGUCCUCCGACCACCACAUGAGAGCCGAAAAGUAUAAAGAAACCCAAUCGCCAGAGUAUAGGAAAUUGCCUUCUCUUGUUAUCUGUCCACCGUCAUUAACGGGACAUUGGGAACAAGAAAUCAACCAAUAUGCGCCAUUUAUGAGUGUACUUGUUUAUGCUGGUAAUCCCAGCAUUCGUACUUCCUUGCGAAGUAAAUUGACAACUGUUGAUGUUGUUGUUACUUCGUAUGAUGUCGCCAGAAAUGAUGUUGAGUUUGUUAGCUCUAUUGAUUAUAAUUACUGUGUUCUUGAUGAAGGUCACAUUAUCAAGAAUGCAAACUCAAAAUUGGCCAAGUCUGUUAAGAGGGUGAAAGCAGAGCACAGGUUGAUUCUUUCAGGUACACCAAUUCAGAAUAAUGUGUUGGAAUUGUGGUCCUUGUUUGACUUUUUGAUGCCGGGGUUCUUGGGAAGCGAGAAAGUGUUUCACGACAAGUUUGCAAAGCCCAUUGCUGCUAGCCGAAAUAGUAAGACAUCGUCUAAAGAGCAAGAAGCAGGUGCAUUAGCAUUGGAAUCCUUGCACAAGCAAGUAUUGCCAUUCAUGUUGCGUCGUUUAAAGGAAGAUGUUUUGGCAGAUCUUCCGCCAAAGAUUAUUCAAGAUUACUACUGUGAAUUGAGUGACUUGCAGCGAAAGUUGUAUAAAGAGUUUGCCAAAAGUCAAAAGGAGACAAUCAAGAAUGAAGUCUCAACAUCAGAUAAUUCUGUUGAAGGUCAAGGUCAAGGUCAAGGUCAAGGUCAGGGUCAGGGUAAGGGUCAAGGUCAAACCCAUGUGUUUCAAGCGUUGCAAUACAUGAGGAAACUUUGUAAUCACCCUGCCUUGGUUGUAUCUCCAAACCAUCCAAAAUUCAACGAAGUGAGUCAGUUUUUGGCACAGCGGAAAUCGCAAAUUAGAGAUAUUGAGCAUUCUCCAAAACUCAUGUCUCUAAAAACGAUACUAUUGGAAUGUGGUAUUGGAUCUCAGGAUGCAGACUAUGGAAAAUCAGGAAAAUCUAAGAAAUCCAUUGCGAGUCAAAAUUCGAUUUUACCAACACAGGGUGUCAUAUCUGAGCAUCGUGCCUUGAUAUUUUGUCAAUUAAAGGAUAUGUUGGACAUUGUUGAAAACGAUCUUUUGAAAAAGUAUUUGCCAUCUGUGACGUAUAUGAGGUUGGAUGGUAGUACUGAUCCCAGACACCGUCAAUCUAUUGUGCGCAAGUUCAAUGAAGACCCAUCGAUUGAUGUCUUGUUGCUUACCACCAAAGUCGGUGGUCUUGGGUUGAACCUCACUGGAGCAGAUACUGUUAUAUUUGUGGAGCAUGAUUGGAACCCAAUGAAUGAUUUACAAGCAAUGGAUAGGGCACAUAGGUUAGGUCAGAAGAAGGUUGUUAAUGUAUAUCGAUUAAUCACAAAGGAUACUUUGGAAGAGAAGAUUAUGGGAUUGCAAAAAUUCAAGAUGAAUAUUGCUUCAACGAUUGUUAAUCAGCAAAACGCUGGCUUACAGUCUAUGGAUACAAAUCAGUUAUUAGAUUUGUUUGAUGUUGAAGAUACUGGAGUGAAAGUUGAAGACUCUCGUGGUAAUGGUGGUAGUGGUGGUGGUGGUGAUGAUGAUGAGGCUUCUCGGGCCAAUGGUAACAGUGCAAAGGAAAUUCCCGACUUGGCAGGAGGAUUAACAGGAAAAGCCGCAGGUGCUGUAGGCGAGUUGGGCGAGUUGUGGGAUGAGCAACAGUAUGAGGAAGAGUACGACCUUGAUAACUUUAUAAAGACUUUGAAGUAA